UCCGAUCAGAGCCGGAAGAACAAGUGACCCGCACAGUUGCGAUCUUUGAGAGGAAAAGCCAGCUAGAUUUGUUUGUGUGGACAGCCUGACCAGUGUGUUUCAGCGCUCGGUGUAACUCCGGUGCUGUGCCUCGGGUUCUUGUCCCUCCCUGUAGAGGGCUGUGAACGCUGAUCCGCUGCCAGGCCUCCAGAUGAGUUCUCGGAAGGAUCCGGUGCAGGAGGAGGAGUGCAGGAUAUCCAAUGUGUGCCGGAAGCAGGAUGUGGAGCUGACAGAGCUGGGGCCGCUGCUGGAUGAGAAGGAAGAUGCUCAAGCCAGUGCAGUCUCCGCUGAUGGGGGAGAGGGGCCAUCGGGGGCCACAGCCUGCCCUGAGGAGGAGGAUGAUGAAGACGAGGAAGGAGUGGGCAUCCUCACCCUUCCUCUGCAAGCUCACCAUGCCAUGGAAAAAAUGGAAGAGUUUGUAUACAAGGUUUGGGAAGGGCGCUGGAGGGUGAUCCCCUUCCACGUGCUGCCUGACUGGCUGAAGGACAACGACUAUCUCCUGCACGGGCACCGGCCCCCCAUGCCGUCCUUCAGGGCUUGCUUCCGGAGCACCUUCAGGCUCCACACGGAGACCGUCAACAUCUGGACUCACCUAGUGGGGCUCAUUCUCUUCCUGGCUCUGGGCAUUCUCACCAUGUUCCGGCCCAACAUGUACUUCAUGGCCCCCCUGCAGGAGAAGGUGGUGUUCGGGAUGUUCUUCCUGGGGGCUGUGCUCUGCCUCAGCUUCUCCUGGCUCUUCCACACCGUCUACUGCCACUCUGAGAAGGUCUCCCGCACCUUCUCCAAGCUGGAUUACUCGGGCAUCGCUCUGCUGAUCAUGGGCAGCUUCGUCCCCUGGCUGUAUUACUCCUUCUACUGCUCGCCCCAGCCUCGCCUCAUCUACCUGUCGGUCGUGUGUGUGCUGGGCAUCGCUGCCAUCAUCGUGUCCCAGUGGGACCGCUUCUCCAUCCCCAAGCACAGGCCCACACGAGCAGGUAAAAAGCCUCAACGCAGGGGCCUCCGAGCCUCUCCCCUGAAAGGGCUUUUCUUUACCCUUUUGCCUCCCUGUUUAAACUGCCUGUGUUGCAUGCCCGUUCCCGCAGGUGUGUUCGUGGGCCUGGGGCUGAGCGGUAUCGUACCCACGAUGCACUUCACCAUCGCCGAGGGCUUUGUCAAGGCUGCCACAGUGGGGCAGAUGGGCUGGUUCUUCCUCAUGGCUGCCAUGUACAUCACGGGCGCCGGGUUGUACGCUGCCCGCAUCCCGGAGCGCUUCUUCCCUGGCAAAUGCGACAUCUGGUUUCAGUCUCAUCAGAUCUUCCACGUGCUGGUGGUGGCUGCAGCCUUCAUCCACUUCUACGGAGUGUCGAACCUGCAGGAGUUCCGCUACGGCCUGGAGGGGGGGUGCACUGACGACUCGCUGCUUUGAGGAACACGCCCCCGGGGCCAGAGCCUGCCAUGCCCCAAGUGCUUGUGUAACUUAAUGAAUUCAAGAUAUAUAAAUAUACACAGUGUCACCAAGCAUGAGAGUCACUUUCCCUGCGUUUCAAUACCCAGAGUUCUGUAUGCUGUAUUAAACUGUAACAAUUCCCAGUAGAGCGAAGACUUCAAUGAAGAUUUAAUAAUGAUAUUUAAUUUGCACAUAAUUUAACUUCAAAGCACCUGAUCAGAGUCCGAAAGCAAUCUCGGGAGACAGCAGCUGACAAGCAUUGUGGCUUUUUGAGUUGCUUCCAAGUUCUGCCUAGAAUUCUGACCCGAGCACUUUUGGAAGCUGUGGAUGAAAAUGAGUCCAAUGCAACGUCUGUUUCAUGCAAAUUUCUUUUUAAGUUCCCCUCUGGUUAGUGACAGAGCAUUGUGUUUGACAGCGUGCACAAGCACUUACUGGGCUGUGGGUGUUGCAUCUAAGGGGAAGUGCUGGGGUUGCCACUGUGUGUAUAUAUACAUAUAUAUAUAUAUCAUUUGGGGACUUUGUAUUCUUACUGCUUUGAAAGGACAAUCCCAGAAUGGGUUUGUUUCUGAAUUAGUAUUCUCUUCUAGCUUGGUAAAGGUUGGGAUGCCCUAUACGGGAUUAUGUGACUCUUCCCACAGAAUCGUAGUGUUUCUGGGAACAGUCUGUAUCGUUAGACAUGCAGGGAGGAGGUCCGUAUUCUCCAUGUUACUCGGCGAGCCAGUCCACGUCAGACACAUGAUCCUGGGCUUCAAUUCCAACCUUUUUUUGAUUUCUUUUUUGCCAGUUGUAAAAUCCUGCCUGCUGAGCUCUCGGAACGAGAGAAACCCUUCAAGCGUGUUUUCAGAGUCCUGGGAAGCAGGAAAGGGCUGCAGAAAUUGCAUUGUGCGGCUUUUCCACUUCGGACACGUUUUUAAGUUCAGAAAAUGUUUUGCAGAUAUGGCGACUAAAUGUAGUGAAUAUGCAGAUUUCGUGGCAUGUGUGUUUAGCAGAUUUUUAACAAACGUGAAAUUAGUGCCCUUUAAACAUUCCCUGGUUUUCUGACAGUGGUAGUGAUAUUUUUAAGCCUGAAUGCACGCAUGCCAACUUUACUAAAAGAUAAUGCUGUCUAUUAUUAUUAGUAUUAUUAUUAUUAUUAUUAGUAUUAUUAUUUCAUUCUUGAUCUCAUUUUGUUGUUAUCAGUGAUGUCUGUGUUUCUACCCCGUGUGAAAUGCCCAAUUUCAAAUCCCACCUCAUGACCUUAACCCAUACCUGUAAAACACUGGAUGACAGGAUGGAGGCUGGGCAGGAACCAGCGACAACCGUGCUCCACAAGCGGGCUCCUUAACCACAAUGACAAUCGACUCAUCUUUCAGGGGAACAGCAUUCUUUUACUGGUGAGCUCUCUGGGUGCUGGAUAUCUGAUCUCUCUGCCCGCUGUAGAGUCUCUAGAUAAUCUGGUGACCAGAUCACCAACAAAUGAUACUGGAAGCCUAGAUCUUCAGCGGCAGAGUCUCUUGUUUUUAAAGAUCUGCAUUCGAGGCCGUUACCCCUUCGCUUUCCACAAGAGUCGCGCCCAGCCCUGCAACUUUCUUAAAGCUGCAGUCUGGGUUCUGUCACGUCCGUUAGCAUCCCCAGCUCGGGCCUUUUCACUGCCCGGUUUGUUUACGUUCCCCAAAAGUAGUUUCAGCUGCAGAGACACAAACAUCUCGGCGCAGCUCUACCUGCAGCGGCAGGAGGUUAUGCAGUGGAGUCUGACUUCCACAGUUUCCAGCAUUGGCCAGAGCACGUGAAAGCUUUGCUUUGGAAUCUUUUUUUAAUUGAUCCCCACAAAAAAAAAAAAAAAAAGCGGUCGAACUGUCAAAUCUGUGGAAGCAAGCUCUUCUGCUAAUUGAAAUCAUGAGGCAAAGACUCUCUUUUUAAUUCGAGGUAGGAAUCCGAGGAUAUAUUGAGAUUCUGUAAGAUUUUUACUUGCGUCUUGAGAACUUCUUAUCCGAUAAAACCAAGCAGCAGCAUUCUUUAUUAGAAGCGGUGACAUGUGGAGGCACUUGGGAGAUCCGGGGGAAUGCCUUCUCUCAUUGGCGGAGCUCGGCACACUUUCCCUGCUGGGAGUAGGGGUGGAGCCCCCAGUUUGGUGCUAACACUGUGCCUGUGGUUUAAAGUUGUGCUGACCAGGGUUAGCUGUUAACACAAGCAUCAUCACUGGAACCCUUUUUUCAUAUCCUGCUCACUCCAGUGAUCUAGCAGCAGACCUUGAAUAUUUUGUUAAGUUUUGUAGAUGGGGGUUUACCGGUUUUACAAAUACUACAGAUCAAAAAAUAAACAUCCUGCUGCUUUUUGUGGCACACUUCCUGUGCUGCAGGUAACGAGUUCUGAGUGCAGCUAUAUCAUUGGAGUGAAGUUGACCUACGGCACAGGACAUGAGGUACUGGCAGCUUUCCUUUAUGCAUUCACUAGCCCAGUUAAAGCAGAACUGUAAUUGGGCUAGUGAUUAUGUUCCUGAUGCCCUGGUGAGUACUUCUUCAACAGGAUUGUAACUGAACACUGUAAAUGAAUACAGUACACCUGGCCUCAUUAACACUGUUUUUAUCCAAGUUGAAUCAAUAGGGAAUUGUUUUUUUAAUGGCACAAACAUUUCCUCAUUGUAGUAUACGUUUUUGUUCCAUCAAUGGACUGUUGACUGCUGUGUAUAGAAAGAUAAGCCUUGUAAAGGUUCAGACUAACACAAGCAUGUAACAUUCUCCUCCGUGUGCGUUAAAUAUGUCAUUUCAUUUUGUCCUUUUGUAUGUAGUUCUGUGGUCAGAUGUAUUUAAGUUUCUCACACAGGUCACUUUUAGAUGUUGAAAUGUUAUAUUAUUAAAUCUUGAAUACUCUGCUUACAA